UAGCCGUGGUGUAUAGUGUGCGGGAUGAAGCAUUUGGUGAUUAAUUUUGUAUUGUUCUUUGUAUGCUAACGCUCCAUCGAUCCAAGAGCUUUUGUAGUCUAUUAUCUAAUGAAAUAAAAAAUGUUUUUUCUACAUUAAACAUUUUUAAAACGGUAAAAAUAAUCAAUAUUUUAUGAAUAAAUUUGUAAACAAAAUAUCUACGUUCUAAGUAUUAUAGAUUUUUCAAUAAAUAUACAAAAAGCAUGGAUGAGAAUGAUUCUUUUCAAUCUGAUGAAAAUAUACAAUAUAUUAUAGAUAUAGAUGAAGAUGAUGAUGAUGAUGAUUCACUUGAAAAUGUUGAUAAUUUGAUGUAUAACAGUAGUGAUAAUAUGAGUGCAACAAGUUCUCCAUUUAAUUUAUCUCAGUACUCAUUUGAUGAUCAAUCACAAAUUUUAGGUACUGAGGAUGAUGAUGAUGAUGACGAUGAUGAUGAUGAUGAUUAUGAUGAUGAUGAUUAUGAUUAUGAUCAUAAUAAUGAUGAUAUUGAUGAUAGUGGUGAUUUUUUAAGUGACAUCAGUAGUUGUGAAAGUUUAGAAAUUAAAAAAAAUCAAAAUGAAUCAAUUUCAGUUAAAAUACCAGAACAAAAAAUGACAGAAAAUGAUGAUAAUGAAGAUAACUAUGAGAUUAAAAUCUUUGAUCAACAGAUGCCAUUAAAAAAUAACAUUAAAUCUACUGCUGUAAAUAUAAAUAUCACUCCAAAAAUGAAUACAUCUAUUGACAAUUUUAAUUCUUCAUUAAUAUCUGGUCAAACUGAAAAUAAUUGUAAUGAACAUUUUUCGUAUAUAGAACAAGAAUUAGAUAUAGAAUCUCCUGAUGAAUCAAAUGCAGAUGUUUAUGUGAUUUCACAUAAUAAUGUAAAUUAUAUUAUUAAUAAAAGUGAAUUAAGUAAUAAAUCUUUAUCAAAAUUAUUUUCAAACGAAUCAGAUUUACCUAUGAAACAAUCAACUUCAAAAGUUGUACAAAAUGUUCGGAAAAAAAGAGUGUCUAAAACUAUUCCUCGGAUGGAAAAGCUUCCAAAUGGAAAAUACAAAAUGGUAUCACCUUGUGUAAAGGAACCUGUUGAUUUUAUUGAAUUAAGACAAAGUCCUAAAUGUAUUGAUACAUUACAAAUAAGAAAACCUUUAGUGAAUUCACAUCAGCUUGAACAUAAUCAGCUAAAUAAACAAGUAUCACCCGAAAAAUCCUCAUGGGAUAAAUCAACUGAUUUUGGUAAUAUAGAUAAAAAAGAAAAAACUAUUCCUCAUACUACUACUGGUAAAGAUGUAAUAAAAAAUCAUGAUCAUGUGCUUUCUGAAGACUGUGGUAUUAAAAUUAAUGAUAAAUAUAAAAAAAAAUGUGCAUCUGAAUUUAUUCAAAUUUCAUCAAAUUCUACAUAUUUAAUUCAAUCAGAUGAUUUACCAUUGGGUAAUACUAAAUUACAUGAUUCACAAACAAAAUUGAAUACCAAUAAUGACGAUCAAGGUAAAAAUGUUUUAAAAAAUGUUAUAGAANCAAACAGUGAUGAUUCAAAUGAUUCAUGUACUACUAUUACUUCUAGUGAUGAAAUAAAUGAGUCCUUUGAGGAAAUCUGUGUACAAAAAGAAAUCAAAGUGAAAAAAUCUGUUGAAGAAAAUUCUGAUAACAUGAACAGGCUAUUACCAGAAGAAAUCAGUAAAGAUAAGCAAAAUAAAAUGUCUGACCAAGAAAAAUAUAAUAAAUCUGGCCAUUUUGUUUGCUGUGCAUUUCUAUAUUGCGAUACUAUAGUACAUGAACAUGAGUUAGUUAAUAAUUUAUAUUGUAGUUCAACUUGUAAGGAGUUAGAUUUAAAACAUUGUGUAACUGUAGAAGAAACUUCACAGAAAGAAAUGAAAUAUCCAACAAAAAAAACAAUAAUUGAUAAAAAAGAACGUUUAGAUAAAUCAGAAAUUAGAAAACAUAAAAGAAAACAAUUGUUAAUAUCUUCUUGUCCAGAAAAAAUGGCUCGAAGUAAUGAUUGGGAAGAACUUGAACAGUUUUACAAUUUUUGUAAUGAAUCUCCAAUAAAUGAAAUUCAAACUCUUCCGAAUUCGUCAUGCCAAAUAAGUUCUCCAGAAACAGAAAUUGAUGAUAACAAUGAUUAUGAUUGUGGUGAUGAUGAUGAUGAUGAUGAUGAUGAUGAUGAUGAUGAUGAUGAUGAAGAAGAUUUAUAUGAUGAUUCUGAUGAUUCUGAUAAUGAUAUGGAUCCAAAGUUUUUAAAAGACAAUGAAAACUCAAGAAAGUAUUUGAAUAGUAUACCAUUUAUAUCAGCUUCAAAAAAACUAUUUGAUCGACCUUUUCCUUCUAAAAAAAAUUAUUUCAAAGUAGGACAAAAAUUAGAAGGAAUUGAUCCUGAACAUGAAGCACUGUUCUGUGUAAUGACUGUAGUAGAAGUUUGUGGAUAUCGCAUUAAAUUACAUUUUGAUGGUUAUUCUGAUGACUAUGAUUUUUGGGUAAAUGCUGAUUGUCCAGAUUUAUUCUAUCCUAAAUGGUGUGAACAUAAUUCACGCAUUGUACAACCACCAAAAAAUUAUGAAAAUAAUUUUGAUUGGAAUAAUUACCUUAGGGUAACUAAUACAUUACCAGCUCCUAUAUGGAAUUUUGUUUCUACAUACAAUUUAGGUAGUUGUAAGAAAAAUAAAUUUCAAAUUGGAAAUAAAUUGGAGGCUCUAGAUAAAUUAACUCGUGUACUACCAAAACAGCUAAUAUGUGUUGCUACUGUUGCUGAUAUUUUGGGUAAUCGUAUACGUAUUCAUUUUGAUGGUUGGUCAGAUGAUUUUGACUAUUGGACGGAUAUCACAUCAACUAAUAUACAUCCAGUAAGAUGGUGCGAUAACAAUGGCCGUAUUUUGACUCCUCCUAAUGGUUACAAUGACUUUAAAGGAAAAAAACCUUUUUCUUGGACUGAAUACUUAAGAGAAACCAAUAGUAAACCUGUACCAGAAAAUGCCUUUGUUCGUAGACCAUUACGAGAUUUUGUAAUUAACACUACAAUUGAAGUAGUUGAUCUUGUUGUUCCAUCAUUAAUUAGAAUUGCUAAAAUAGUAGAUGUCAAAGGCGAUGAACUAAAAAUACUUUAUGAUGGAUUUGAUAGCAAUUAUGCUUAUUGGAUUGAAGAUGAUAGUCCAGAUAUCCAUCCUGUUGGAUGGUCUCUAAAAACUAAUCAUCCUAUUGAAAUACCUCGUGAGAAAGAAUGCCUCUGGAGUUGUAAAGUUAUUGGUUGUAAUGGUAAAGGUAAUUCAAAUAGUUUAACUAAUAAUCAUAUAAUUGCUAAAGAUUGCCCUUAUGAAUGGGAUUCAUGGAAAAAAUCAGUUGCUGGUUUGUCGAAAUUAUCAGAUAGAUUGAAAAAUGUUUCUUUUUCAUGUGACACAGUAGUCCAAAGUUCAGAUUCCCAGAGUAAUAAUAAUAUCACAGAGAAAAAAAAAGAAAAUUCCAUAUCAAAUUCAAUGCAUAAUAGUCCACCUACAUGCAAAGAAAGUUAUAUCAAUAGCAAAUCAAAUGAACCAAUAGUUUUGAAAAAUAUUGAAUUUGAAAGCAGAAAUGAAUUUAAAAAGUUACUUGUUAAUGAUAUUGAAAAUAUGAAUCAUAACAAAUUACGUAAAGACCUUAAUUUAUCAAUCCUGGGGCAUGAUAUAGGCACCUUUUCAUUAGCCAAACAAGGUAGAGCAUGGACUAGGCAUAAUGCUCAACUAGGCAUACCAAUAUUUACUACCAAUGAUGCUAGAAAGUGGUCUGUUCAAGAUGUUGCUAGUUAUGUUGAUCAAAUUGUAAGAUCUAAUAGCUCUAAUCGUACUACUAACGAACAAAUCAGUAUAUCUCAACGUUUUAUAGAUGAAGAUGUUGAUGGUGAGUCGUUUUUAAUGUUAAUUCAAGAAGAUCUAACAAAAAUAUUAAAAAUUCCACUUGGUCAAUCAUUAAAAAUAAUUAAUGCCAUUGUAAUGUUAAGACAACGAGUUCCUGGAUUUGAAUUGAAUGAAAGUUUUUUUUACUAAAAAUAAAUAAAUUUCUUAUUUUUUUUUUUU